UUGGGGCGAACCCGCGAUUAUUUUCGUGGCAUUCGGAGUGGUGCGACCAUUUUGCUGGGAUCAUCUUGUUCGCUCAACCACACCACCUCUCCACCGGCGGCAGCCGUCACAGAUCGCAUGUUGCAGCACCGCCGAAGAACUGUCGCAUAGCGUUCAGCAGGCCUUCAGGCACCAUCUUCAACAGGAAAUUUGGGUUUAUUCCUCUUGGCUGCUCCUUUACUCAGAUAUGUCCAUUCUGCCUAGUGGACAGUGAAAGGGAUUUUAUGUCUGUCACCAAGCGAUAUCCCAUGCUGGCAGUUUCUCCAGAAUUCUAUAGUUAGGGAGGCAAGGAGGCUUCACAAGAAGAAAGCAAAGGGACUGAGGCUUGAGCGAGAGGGAUAAGAGAUGUUGAAGUUUUUGUCGAAGGUGAAGAUCGAGUUCAAUGCAUUUGACACAAGAACGGCAGCAUGCAUGGAGUUCCUGGCACAGUGUAAUGCUCGCAAGGCGAAGGAGUCCAAUCCCACCUGCCAGCUGAUCGUCAAGCGCCGCACCGACGACCACCCACCUCAGAUCACUGUCACCUACGUCAAUGGCAUUGAGGAGGUGAUUGAUGCCACUUCCACCACCGCCCAGGCCAUUCGCCAAGGCAUCCUCGAAAAGGGUCAGAUGCUCGAGACUGAGCAGACUUUCCGUGAGGCUGGUGAGCAAUGGCCUGUUCUCAUCCCUGAGGCUGAGCUUCACAAACCUGCCCCUGGCACUAAGCCACGGAAAGCAUUGGAGAAGUAAAGGGUUUUGAUGAUGCUCACGGAGAAGUUUAUGCUUGGUCUCUGACUAGGCCCUUCAUCAGCGAACUGGAAUUCUGUAAUAAUUUUCCAUGCUUGAGAAUUAAGAGCUGAAGCCUCACUUGUUCCUCUUUCAAGGUAUGUUUAUUGUAGGGAGGUGAGAGCAGAAGAAGAAUGUAUGCAUUGCUCCCGUGCCUUAACGUUUUGCCAAAAAAUUGCUUUUGGAUAUGCUUUUCAUUUGAAGUAUUGACUGGAAAUUGAUCUC